UGUAGAUUUUUAGUUUUAGAUUUUUCAUUCGUGUUCGAAAGACCGAUGAGUGUGGAUAUAAUAUAAUAGUGCUGUCGUUUUGCGUUUCUGAUAGAAUUUUCACACACACACAAGUGACAUGUGUGUACGCGUAUGUGUGUGACUAUAUAAAUUUUUAUAAUUGGCGCGUAGCAAACUCAAAGAAAAUAGUUACAUUAGAAGUAAGAAAAAGCCAAGUGACUAAAGCAAAUUGGUCCCAUAAACGUUCAAGUUAAACAACAAAGACGCGGCACAAAAACGCAAUUGAGUGCAGUGCAAACGUGAAUAAUACAAAGUGAAAAUUGCCCACGACCAGUGAAAAUCGCAAAAGUACCUUCAUAUAACACAUUGCUAUAGCAUCAAGAAAAAAAAAAACAAAAAGCAAAAAGAAAAUAAUUCAACAGAGUACAGUGAAAAAUUUGGGAAAAUCGAAUUGCAUGCAUGUUUUAUCAAAGUAAUAUUGAAAUAGAAAAACUCGCGUUCAAAACUGUAGUAGAAAUGGCACCCUGCCAAGUGCAUCCAGUUAUAAUUCAUACGAGCAGCAGUACCGUCAGUGCUAGGAUUCCCCCAGUUCGUCCCAGUGGAGGGGUGCGCAGAAAUCUCUUCGGUCAACCCGACCAGCGUGAAAUGGUGCGCCAUUUCGACAAUGAAAAUGCACGUCAACGUAAACGUUUGGAUAAUUACAAAAUUAUUGAACCGAUCGCGCUGAGUAAGGAAAACAAUAAGGAAUCUGAGACUGGCAAAGAAUCUUUCCCUGGCCUAGUCGCCACGGAGUUGGAGGCACAUGAAAGAGAUUUACAAAAACAAAAAGAUAAAAAUAAUAGCGAUGUGCUGUUAUUACGUCGGGAGCAGCUCGAGACGACACCUACGUUGUCCGCAAAAAAUAAACUAAGAACGCCGCUUACCAGCAACCGCAUCACCACCGACGCGGGCACUGAAGAUGCGCGUUACAAACCCUACACCAAGCAGUCAUUAAUCACUGAUACAAUGCAGAAGCGAAAAUCAAUACCACCACCAUAGAUGCUGAUGCUGCUGCUAAUGACGACGUCGACAUCGACGUCAUCGACGUUGACAUCAUUUCGAGCACCCAUCAAAUCGCUUGAAAUUUUGUCGGCUGAAGUUUUUGUAAAGGGUGUCAUGAUGAAAGUGGUGCGUUAAGAGCGUUUGCAGUUUUAUUUGGAUAGGAGCGCGCGUUGAUGCUGCUGCGAGUACAACGAGUAGCGGUGUGAUUUGCACUGAAAGAGUGUUGGUUUUCUACAUGGUGAUAAGAUGCUUAGAGGUGUGGCCACGAUCAGAACGUGAACUGGCUCUCAGCGAAUUUGAUGGAAUUAGUUGAUUGGCUGACGUAGCAGGGGUCAUGAUAGCGGUUUGUUUACGAACAAAACGAGAUUGUGUGGGUGAUUGACGAGAAGCACCAACACAACCAUCGCUCAUUUUGCUUCGUUGCCGUCUAAACAACGAUUGAUUGCACGCAUGGGUGAAUAUGUACGUGUUAAAUGAGCGAGCAGCAAUUUGCUGCCGAGUACCCGAUGAGGUGGCAGCCGAAGUUGUUCGCACAGUUUUGUUGUUCACCAUAGCUGAUGGCCAAUCCUGGUAAUCUAUCAUCCUGGGUUUUCUAAAAGUAUUUCUUAUUUACAUAUCAAUAUAAUUGAAGACAAACUUUGCGGCAAAAAAGGAAAAGCAGAGAAGUAGAAGAAAUUUGAAAAUAUGCAAAUAUUGUUGCAAUCAAGAAUUAUUUAGAGAUCAUUGAAAGUGUUUGCAAUUAUUAUUAUAUCUUUUAAAACGUUUAGUAAAUUUUAUAUGUUGGCAAUUGGAUGGUAAGCUGUCGCUAUUAAUUAUUUUGAGUAGUUAACUAAAAUUGGUUUCAUAUUUUCGUUAGCGGCUUUUUAGAAGAUUAUUGACUUAAAUUACGGCACUCAGAACAUUUACAGCACGCUACUGUUUGCUGGACUGCGGUAUUCUAUUCUAAAAAUUUAGUUAAAUAUUAAUAAAUUAUAUAGAUAUUUAUAUUACUUUGAAUGAAUAUGCAAGGCCUUUUUGAUUCGCCAAGCGUUUAGCAAGUGGGGAAUAGAUGAAGCAACUGGUAUAAAUAAAAUUAUGUUCGUAGCGCAGGAGAAGAGCUGCCAAAAAUAUGAGUAUUUGUAGGACUGUGUUCAUAGAGGUCAACUUUUAUUGCUUCAACUCGUUACUUGUGACUAAAAAUGAACAAUUCCAACUUGUGUGAAUACGACGGGUAACGUCAAAAGAGAAUUGCAAGGUUGAAGCAACAAAAGUCUCCCUGUAUGAACGCGGCCUAAUGAAACUCUCUUCAAAGAGAGUUGGCAGCAUUGACAAUAGUGAGUUAUACCAGUUUUGUGAAGUGCAACCGUACUCGUUUACGGCGAAUCUUGCUAGAUAACUUUGUUGUUGCGUUCACGUGCAAAUUUUUCGUCAGAUGAGCGGAGCCCAGAGAUAGCGAGCAGAUUAGUGGCGAAUCGAAGGCGCUAGUGCUGUAAUUUAGUCUCUAGUUCAGCUAGUUAAAACUGCGGGCAGUGUACAAGUCUGCAAACUAAAGAAAUUACCUAAUACCGCUAAUAUUUUGAGGUUUACUUAGUUUUCAAUAGUAUGAAACGAAUUUUAGUUAAUUAUGAAUUCAGCAAUAUCUCGAAAAUCACAAUAUUUGCUUGAAACUUUUUGCAAAAAUCAAAAUUUACGAAUUACAUACCUUAGCGAAUAUAAAUAAAAGCAUAUGUUUUCAAAAAUGUGACUAAAGUGAAAUAAUUACAUGAAAAUUUCUCACUUAAUAGGACAAUUUUCACGUAUUUGUAUGUAUGUAUAGCUGACAAAGUAGUCCACAGCCGAAUUAGAGAAAUUAUUGUAUUAAUUUGCUUAAUUUUAUUAUUAUUUUUU